CGUACUCAGUCGGUGGUAUGUCGUGGUCAAGUGCAGACGUCAUGUCGGGGACAUAUAUAAUUCAUUUAAUGUUAGCAUUGUUUAUCUAUAGUUCUGGUUUAGUCGAAGCAUAUACAGUACCACCUGCAAAACUCGAAGCGAUAUAUCCUCGAGGGCUGAGAGUUUCAAUUCCAGAUGAUGGUUUCACACUGUUUGCCUUUCAUGGCAAUCUGAACGUGGAAAUGGAAGGUCUAGAGGCUGGACAGUGGGCGAGAGAUAUAACGAAGGUUAAAAAUGGAAGAUGGACAUUUAGAGAUAGGAAUGCUGAACUGAAACUCGGAGAUAAAAUCUACUUCUGGACGUACGUUAUAAAAAACGGUCUAGGUUAUAGACAAGAUAAUGGAGAAUGGACUGUAACUGAGUUUGUCAACGAAGAUGGUACUCCUGUGGACCCGAAUAACUUACCAGCAUCUACAAGCAGUACAACAGUUCAUUUCAUACCAUCAUCAGUAACAGUUCCUCCUACUAGUUGUCACCAGUCUCUAACCGCGGUGCUAGGUCGUGGCCGCGUCUGUCGUGGAGAUCUUCUGUUCAAUGAGGAAUUUGAUAAGAACAAUAUCAAAGAUUUAUCAAAUUGGAUGCCAGAAGUUAUGUUUCCGCAGGAACCUGAUUAUCCUUUCAACGUGUAUCUAGCUGAUGGGACACUGAGACUCGAAAAUGGAAUGCUAAUCAUUUCUCCAGUACUUUUAGAGACGAAAUAUCACGCGGGAAUUUUAAGUGGUACCCUAGAUCUGACUAAUACUUGCACCGGCAUGAUCGGCACCUGGGAAUGUUCUCGAACAGCGUCUGGAGCACAGAUCUUGCCUCCAGUUGCAACUGGAAAAAUAACAAGCAAAAAUAAGUUUAAUUUUAAAUAUGGAAGAGUUGAAAUUCGCGCAAAACUACCGGCUGGAAGUUGGUUAUUACCAGAAAUAAACUUGGAACCACGUGAUAAUACUUACGGUAAAACAAACUACGUAUCUGGUCUAAUAAGAAUAGCGUUUGCAAAAGGAAAUGCUGUUUACGCUAAAAAGUUGAACGGUGGACCGAUUUUAUCCGACUUGGAACCUUACAGAUCUUUUAAUAUGAAGAGUAAAAUCGGAAUAACCAACUGGAACAAAGAUUUCCACAAUUACAGCUUAGUGUGGAAACCAGAUCGUUUGGAGUUUUACGUCGAUGGAGAUAUGUAUGGGACAGUUGACCCCGGUGAAGGGUUUUACAACAGCGCAAAUCAGAAUGGUGUUACACAAGCCUGGCAUUGGGUACAAGGGACAGUUUUGGCACCGUUGGAUCAAAUGUUCUACGUAUCCCUUGGCCUACGUGUUGGUGGCAUUAAUGACUUCGAUGAUACCAAAGAUGCAGAGAUUAAGCCCUGGAAGAAUGGUGGUAGGAAGGCAAUGUACGAUUUCUGGACAUCGAAAGACGCCUGGUUUCCUACUUGGUACAACGCUGAUAUGAAAAUUGAUUACGUCAGGGUUUAUGCCUUGUAACAAAAUAAAUAACAUUUAAAUAUAGGUCUAAUAUAAU